AACCAGUUGGCCAUCUGACGGUACCAUAUAACACAUAACACACGAGCUUUUCGCCUACAAACCUCGAAAUUAAUGCUUUUCGCUGUUGAUUUUCGUUUCGAAAAUUGUAGACUGUAGUACUUAACUAACUCAGAUGAAAUCCGAAGUGGAACAAGUCAAAACCCUUUUAAAGGAGGCUGUAAAAAUGAUUUGCCAAAAUUAUCUGCCAAGUUCCCACAUUAGUGUUGAAGGUCUUUUAGGAAUCACAUUGGACAAAACGGAUGUUUUUCUUAUUAAUUUAAAGGAGGAUAUCUAUUCAGGAGGAGUGGUAAAUUCAUCUUUCCGUGCCUUAGACCAAGUUCUACCCGAAAAAAAAAGAGGUAGCGCGAAAAGGAAAUCUAGUCCCGUUCAAUUAAUACAAAAGAGACCAAAGGAAGAACCCGAAGCGUUAAAUUUAUGUACAAAAAAAGAAAAUGAAAAGACUCUAUUAAACGUUCCUGUAUUUCCCGAUAGAGAGCUACCGUUUUUGUACAAGGAAACAAAUGCUGCGGAUGUGGAGCCUAGGAAUGGAGAUGGAAAUACUUAUGGAUCGACCGCGAAUUCGGAAUUCAGGAAUGGAACAGAUACUUUUUAUAAACAGGUAACAAAUCCUGAAGGAAUAAUGCCUCUUGUCCCCACAAAUUCGAAUAGUGAAGUUCUAUACGGUUCUCAAAUGAGUGAAGACUUGGAUAAGAAAAAAAUAAAAAUAAAACCAGACGUUAUAACAGAAGAGAUGCUUUCCGGUAGACCGAUAGGCGACGGGGUAAAGGAUAGGAGGAGAGAAUGCCCAAUUUGUCAUAAAAUUUUGUCAGAGCCUGCUAAAAUGAGACGUCAUGUAGCGACUGUCCACGGUAAAGUCAGACAUCAAUGUCCUCUCUGCGCUGGAACAUAUACUCGGAGGGAUAACAUGCUGACUCAUAUGAGAAUAAUUCACCCAGAAGGUAAGUGGUAAAUUCGUACCGAGCCUAUAGGUUGUUUUCAUUAAAGUUUAUUCUCUCUCUCAUUUUCUUUUUAAAGCUGUUCAUCUGUAUACAAAAGUGGAUGAUCGCCGUCUCAAAGUCGAAGAAAAUGCAGAAGCUAAAACUUAGUCAACAUUAUUUAAAAGAACAAAAAAAAAUGAAAGAAAGAAAAAAAAACGGAAAAAAAAAUAAGAAGAAAAAAACAUUCAAAAAAAUAGUGCCUUUAUGCAUCGUGCCUUUUACUUUAUCCUGCUUCUAAGAAUUUUCUGAACUGCUUUUUUUGUCUCAUCCAAUGGAUGAAAAAGUAUUUAAAAUAAUUCAUUGGAUAUCGUUCCAAGUUCGUCUGCUAUUCAGGGUGCUCUUUCACUAGCGCCUUCUUGUGCUUUAUUUAUUUUUUCCUUUUUCUAUUACGCUAUCUUUGGAAACUGUUGGUGAUAUUGUUUUUUUUCGGUUAUUGUGAUUACUUUUUUGUUUCGUAAAUUAUUUUUGCUAGUCAUGAUUGGAGUCAUUGUGUAUUUUUUGUAAAAAGAAAAAAAAAACAAGUUCGUUUCUUGGUGCUAUAUAUGCAUUUUGUUUUUUUUUUUUCCAUAUGCAUUCUGUGUCUAUGAUUCAGUGAAGUACUUUUUUGGUGUCUAUCAGGGCCAGGUUGACAUUUCUUUUAAUAAAAAUCUGCAGCAAGUUGGUACACUUUUAGCUAAGGAGAAUAAUCUUUAAUUUAUUCUUCCUUCUUUUCUUUACUGGGCUUUCGUGGAAAGAAUAUUUCUGAAUUGUUAAGUUUGGAAGAGGACAUUUACAAAUGUUAGGUGGGUUAGGUGAUCGUCUACUGACCUAAUUUUUAAAUCUAAAAGAGAAAUACUCAUUCUUAAGGGUGUUUCGAUUAUUCAAAUGUUUUUUCCCAAGGUUUUCUUUGUAAAUGCCUCUCUUUUAUUUAUUUCGCAAUAAAUAACACAAUACAUAGCUUUUAACCUUGCCUUUUUCCUAAAUAUAAUCAAAUGAAUAAAAGUAACUGCAACAGCUUACUCCCUUUCUCUUUUGUUUUAUAAAUAGAUACAAUUGAACCCAAUAUUGUACAGUACUUGAACGGAUAGUUUUUACAGACAUAUAAAAACAGUUAGGGAUAGAUUUUCAUCGAAUACUAAUAAAUUACAGUAUGUGUGCGUGGUCUGUAUGUAUAUAUAUAGUAUAUAUCUGUCUGCGUGUGGUACCUCUAUCGUGUUUGCUACACAAAAAAGCCCUACUGGCAACAAGUUUACCAAAGAUCUCCUUUUUUUGUCCUAUUUUUUCUUCUUUUCAUUCCAAAAUAAGGACUGACUUUUACGCAUGUGUUCAUUUUUCAUCACGUAUAUGAUCCAUCUCCCCUCCCCCCUUUCUUUUUAAAACAUGUACAGUAGGCUGAUAAAAUAACAAACAAAUAAGACUUAUUAAUCUGUAAAUGUUGUAUACCUAGCUUGUUUUUUAAUAAAUUGUUAACGUUCUAACCUUAGAAGACCCAUGUAAAUAUAUUCAUCUCUUUUUUCAUUCAAUGUAAAAACUUACUUACUAAAUAUUUAUGACGCAGUAGAUUUCCAUUUAUCCUAUUGUACAAGGGUUAAAUAUAACUCAACUAAUAUGUACGCUAAGUAUCUUGACACGAUACAUUUUUUACAAGUUUUGCAAACA